CUCACAUGCUGGGAUGGGCAACUGGCAGGCUGGGGACCAGUUCUAGACCAGUAGAUGGGGAUUUCCAGGUAUGGCUCAUGGAAACACUUUGAUCCUGCAACAAGUGUGUUUACAGCCAAGGAGUCUCUUAACAACUCUUGCCAACCUUCACAAUCACAAAUUACACUUCCCAGGAUUCUCUGUCGGACACGACUUGUUUAAAGUGCAAUAAUGGUGGAAUAAUUGCAUAACGUGAAUGUGACCAUAGUCAUGAUGGCUUGUCUUAAUUUCGUAACAGAGCUGGCAGGAGAAAUUUGCACUAAAAUGCUGGCGAAUUUUCAUGAGGAUUUAAACAAGAAAUAUCACGAAUUGCUGCAGAAAUGUGGAGAACUGGAUUUAAGACUGGAAAAAUGCAAAACAGAGAAAACCAACGUUGACAGUGGGGAGGAAAGCCCGGCUGGGAGUCCAGAGUCUAACUCCUGGACAUCCAAUGAAGGUGAAUUUUGGAAGAUUCAGGACAGACAACAGAAAGUACUUCUUCACACAGCGCACAGUGGAACGGUGGAAUUUGCUCUUACAAGAGAGGUAGUGAUGCAGGUCAGAUCAACCUGGACUGCUGGACAUAAAAACAUUACUGGUGAUAGCUACUGUGACCAUGUGCCCUGCUCUACAGAGGAUACUCCUCUAUUUGAAGGCAUCUUCGAUUAUAUAAAGGACUGCCUAGUCAAAACCUGGUUAAGAAGGUGCUUUGACAUUGCCCAUCAACAAGAGCACCUGGACAACAGAUGGACCAGGCAAACAACUCACAGUCUCCCCUGCCAGAGUGAGAUGUAUCAUACGGAGAUGCAACAUGGACAAAAUGCAUGGACAAAAUGCAUGGACAAAAUGCAGGAGAUGCAACAAGGACAAAACCCUAACUCUCCCGACUAAGGAAUCGAUCGGUAUUUGCUAUUGUUGUUGCUUUCAGUCUGCAAAUGAUACAUAGACGAUUACAGUUUUCCCCAGUUUGCCUUGCGUUUCCUUUGCAUUGAAAUGAAUGGGGUGGAAUAAUGUAAUGACAAUGUAACUUUAUGCAACUAAUUACUGUAUGUAAAUUCUGUAAGUUUCAUAAUUUUGCCACAGUUGACAGCAAGACA